GGACGUUUUCCCCCUUAAAACGGGACUUCCUGGGCUCCGAGAGUUGUGGGACCAGGAUGGGGGACAAGGCGCAGAGACCCAAACCCCAGCCGCACGAGGAGAGACGAGUGAAGAGAAGGAAGCGUGACGAGGACAGACAUGACAUCAACAAGAUGAAGGGUUACACCCUGCUCUCCGAGGGCAUCAAUGAGAUGGUGGGCAUCAUCUACAAACCCAAAACCAAGGAGACCCGCGAGACCUACGAGGUGCUGCUGAGUUUUAUUUGGGUGGCUCUCAGGGACCUGCUGCGCGACAUACCCUGCAGAGCCACCGAUGAGGUCCUGGCGGUGCUGAAGAAUGAGAAGCUGCGCAAUAAGGAGAGGAGGAAGGAGAUCGAUCUGCUGGGGCAGCCUGAUGAUACUCACUACCACGUGCUGGUGAACCUGGGGAAGAAGAUCAUGGAUUACGGCGGAGACAAGGAAAUCCAGAACAUGGAUGACAACAUCGAUGAGACGUAUGGGGUGAACGUGCAGUUCAAGUCUGACGAGGAAGUAUGAGACGAUGAGGACAUUUACAGCAAAGUGUGUGACGGGGCGUCCGAUGAUGACAUGGAGAGAGAUAAAGCCGUCGUCCGUUGCACCUUCUCGGCCAACCUUGUGGCAUCCGGUGAGCUGAUGAGCUUGAAGAAGGAUUUGCAUCCUCGAGACAUCGACACCUUUUGGCUCCAGCAGCAGCUGAGGCUCUUCUACAACGAUGCCAUCGUUUCCCAGAAGAAAGUGGAUGAAGUGCUGGAGACUUUGAAGACUGCAAGUGAUGACCGGGAAUGUGAGAACCAGCUUGUUCUGCUCCUGGGCUUUAACACCUUCGACUUUUGUAAAGUCCUGUGACAACACUGGAUGACAACCCUGUACUGCGCUUUGCUGGCCAGCACACAAAGCAAAGCCGAAAAAGAAGGGAUCAUGGGGAAGACGGAAGGGGAUCCUGAGCUGUCGAAGUUCUCGUAUCAGCUGUACGAGAUGGAGAAGGAAGAUCUCAUCCGGGUAAGGCUAGAGGGAACCGCAGGCAGGAUGAGAGGAGAAACCGUGGGACCCUCGCCGCCAUCUGUGGACCCGGACCAAGGAGGAGAGGCGCUGGCUCCACAGCAGGUGCUGGACUUGGAGGAUCUGGUGUUUGCCGAAGGUAGUCACUUCAUGGCCAACAAGCGAUGCCAGCUUCCCGACGGCUCCUUCCGCAGACAGCACAAGGGCUAUGAGGAGGUGCACGUGCCUGCCCUGAAGCCAAAGCCUUUUGGCUCCGAAGAG